AUGAAUCAGACACUCCAAAUUUUCAUGCUAGGAAUGACUUUUGCAGAUGCAAAAGAGGCAAGAGAAGCCUUAGCUAAGUACACAGUUUCUGUGGAUAGGAGGUUGAAAAUUAGACCUAAUGAACCAGGCCGUAUCAUAGCUAAGUGUGUCAAAAAUAAAGGUUGUGACUUCCUGGUGUUCAUUUCAAAAGAUGGGAAGAAUCCUAGUUUGGUGGUUAAGAACUUGCAGCUAGAGCAUAACUGUUACAGAACCUUUAAGAAUCCAAUAGUGACAACAAUUUUUUUGGCAAACCACUUCAAACCUUUAAUUUAUAAGAAUCAUGAGACUACUGUCAAGGAACUUAUGAACCUGGCUGAGCUACAAAUGAAGGUGAAAGUUUCACAUAUUAUGUGCAAGAGGGCAAAGAGAAUAAUUAAACAAAGAUUAUAUGGCAGUUAUGUGAAAGAGUUUGAGUGCUUGGAGGCUUAUGCAACAGCCCUAAAAAGGUCAAACUCUAGGUCCUCAGUAGAAAUAGAACUUUGCAGGGACAACUUGAGAGUUGGAAGAAGAGUUUUCAGGCAUAUGUUCAUAUGCUUUUCAGCAUCAAUUGGGAAGGAUGCUGAUGAUCAGAUAUAUCCAAUAACAUGGGCUGUAAUAGAUACUGAGAAUACAAGAAAUUGGAGAUGGUUCUUGCAAAUGCUGGGGCAGGAACUUGACCUUAGUAAUGGGUCAGAAAUUACAUUAAUUUAUGACAUGCAAAAGGGACUUAUUGAGGAUGUGAAAGAGCUGCUUUCUAAUGCUGAAUAUAGGUGGUGUGCAAGGCACAUUUGGGCAAACUAG